CAGAUCUAGAUUUGUCCAAAUAAAUGAACUCUGCUGACAGCUUAUUGCAUAUGUAGACAGAAUUUCAGUAAUAGUAACUGAGCUCAUGUGCUCUUCUUGAGCUGAAGAUAGCAGGGGAAGGUUUCCAUUAUGAAUAUAGCUGUAUUUGAAACCUUCAGUGUCAGUUAAAUGCAAGUUGCACAGAUUCACAGUCACUCUGUCAGAGGCUUGCUUGUGCUGGGGGGUCCAUCUUGCACAUACUAAACACACAGAAUAUUAGUGUCUAAUCUGUACUGAACAUUGAAUCUGGUGCACUAACAAGACAGUAAUAUUACAGGCUGUGUUUGCCAGGAGGAGCAGUUCUACAUGUUUCUGCAACUUGGUGUUUGCUGUAAUUCUGGUAAUCUUCAUACCUAGUACUCUGGUAACACAGGGAACCACGGUGUUAGAACUGAGAACAGGUACGUUUUCUGAGUUUACAUACAGGUGGAAAAGGCUGAAAACUGUUACACUUGAUUAACUGACUUUAACAACUAACUCUCAAAGAAAGUUGCUAUUUUACUACUGGCUAAAAGAAAUAGAACAUCUUCUGGCUAAAAUGUAGGGAUCUGAAUGGAAAAUGCAGAUUCAAAAAGGGAUUAUACAGUAGAAUCUGAAGCAUGGAGAAAGCUGCCACUGAAAAAAUGCUGGUUUGUAACAUUUUGCCUUCAGUGUAUUACCUAAAUAAGGUUUAAUUUAAUAUUGUUUUCUGAAGGGUUGCUUAAUGUGUGAUAUAAAAUCUAAGUCUUUUCUUUGAUGAAAAGGAUCCUUCUGCACUGGUGUUGCCACAUUUACCCCAAGGUGAAAUAGGCAGAGAGGAAUGAACAGUGGAGCACAAAGAUUUCAGGAAAGUAACCCAGGGGUUUAAUUUUCUAAUGAAAACCUAUGAGAUAUGUCCUGUGUGAAGUUGAAAUCCAUGCCCCAUCCUGCACUUUGCAGUCAUUUCAUUGUUUCUUCCCAAGGGCCUUCUGCUGCCCGUGGUUAGUUUUGCAGAGAAGGGGAAGAAGACUGUAGUAGCCAUCUGGAAAAUGUAAAAUGUAUUCUCAUCCCUCAGCACCCCCUCUCUGUCAAAACAUGGCAAAGCACAAGUACGACACCCCUUCUGAGGUGCUGCCAUCAAACAGAUAUUCCUUUGUAAGCUGGUAUCAGGGUGGGUGGGAGGACCUGCAAAAUACAGAAAAGUAACAAAUGCAGAUUUAAUUCCUCAUAGGCUUUACCUAAGUGAUCAUCAUCAGAGCAAAUUAGUCACAGUGAGAAAAUAGCAUCAUUCUUACAGCUUUUCUUUGGACUUGCUGCUUCUGCCCUUACAGAUGGGGUGCACCCUACUGCCAGCCCAGGGUCCCCUGGACGGUUCCCACAGCAAGUUUCAAGCAAGUUUUCAACCUUUGAGUUCAGGUUCUUGGUAUUCUUCUGUACUGAUUCCUGUUUUGCUUGUUAAAAGCUUUCAAGUGCUUCUAAGGUACCAGCGUGUUGCUGACGGAUGAUCUGACAGCACAAGCUUAAAUCCACACUGCUUCUUUAGCCUUGUACUUGAUGAUGGAAGACCAAAGAAAUAGCUGAACCACAUAGAAAGACUCAUCAAAGCCAAAUAAUUCAGCUAACAUGUUUUGUAACCAGUGUGUUUCUCAGAAGCAAUUAGAUUAUGUGGAUCAGCUGGUGUGCUUUGUGUCUGGUGAAAAGAAGCUUAUUUAAAUUAAGAGAGCCAGGAAAUCUCUCAGUCCAGAAGGAAGAUGGGUUCCACAGAAGACCUUGACUAUCCUCAAAUCAUCGUGCAAUACAGCAAUGGAUUUUUAGUCUCAAAGGUAAGAAAUAUAAGUCUUAGAAAGAGUAUGCAGACAGAAAUAUUCAGGGAUUUCUCUUUAGGUCCUGAAUGUAAAUCUUUGGAAGAGAUGAAAGCACUGGUACAAUCACUGUUUUUCCAAACAUAUUUUUAAGGCACAAAGGCAGAACUAGUAAUUCCACUCUUCUUAUUGUUUGCUGAUAUUAUUUGCCUAAGCACAUGGGCCUAAAAUUAUAAUGUCCAGUGUAAUGGAUGAUUUUUUCCUCAUUUACUACUUAACUUUCCUAUUGUCCCUUUCUGUACCUCUGGCCAACAUGGUAACAGGAAUGCUCUUUGGGUUGUGCAAAUACCUCUGCACCUUAAGCUCCUGAAAGACAGAUCUGACAAUAAAGAGAGGAAAAAUAGAAAAUGAAAAUCACUUUGUGAGAAAAAUAAGUGUCCAAUGCUUUCCAAAUUAACAUUGUUAGUACUAUGUUUUUGAGAAACAGUUUCAACUUUGGCUAAGCCAUGUUUUUACUCAGGGUAAAAGGAACUUCAUUGUAUAGGAAUCAUUGUAGCUCAAAUCAUUAUAGAUACAAGCAGUCAAUUAAAUUGAUGUCUUUAUUAAUUACUGUUUCAGGAGUGUUUAUGUGACUAGAGUAAUAAGCUGAUACUUUUAAGGUUGACUGUCUAUAGCUAAAGAAAGAUGGUUGUCUUGGGGUUUUUUUAUGUAUGCUUAGCUAUGUCUGUCUGAAGGUUGGCCAGUGUUGCUGGAGAAGUUACACAAUUCUGUGGAAAGACUGGGCGAUUCUGUUGGGUUGAAUGAAGCACUUCUUCUGGAUGAGAGGGAACUCCCUGCCUCUGGAAGAUCACUGUAUUCCUUCACAUCAGUCCCUGAAAACAAGAUCCAUAGAAUGGAAUAUUCCCCCUACCGCAAGCUGUGAGAGAGUCUCCAGGGUUCAUUAAAGCUUGUAUUAGAUCAUUAGUUAAAGAAUAGAAACAUAAACAGAGAACAAGAACCAGUCUUGCCUUUGUUCUUUCCAGGAGAUUGUGAGAAUAUGUUCCUAAACUAAAGAAGAGGCAGGAACAUUUACACACAAAAUCUGUUCUUAAAUGUGGACUUUUGGAAGCCAAAAGGCAUUGGCUGCCUUCAGUGGAAAAGGGAAAAGACCAAUGAGUGCAUUGCGUGGAUAGUAUAUUAUACUGAUGUUCAAAUAAAUUUAAUACAAUUUAAUAAUUGGACUUGUUUAUAUGAAAUACAGGUUUAUUCAAAAUAAAUAUUAUUAAAUUUAGAUUUUCCCUAAUUAAGCAGCUUGUGAAAUGCAGUAGGCUUUCUGCUUUCACCUAAACCCUCAGUCCCAUCUUUCCCUACCCCCAGGUUAUGUUCACUGCCUGUGAGUUGGGGGUGUUUGAUCUUCUUCUGGAGUCAGGAAAGCCUCUGUCUUCAGAUGACAUUGCUGCACGUCUGGGUGCCAGCACCAUGGGAAUGAGAAGACUGCUGGAUGCCUGUGUGGGAUUGAAGCUCUUGGCAGUAGAGAUGACACAAGAAGGAGGUAAUAAAGGCAGAGGAAUGGGAACAAGUUGAAAGACUUAAACUGCUGAUGGUUUUGAAAGUGAGGUAAGAUGUGUGGGAAAAGGUGAUACCAAAUGUUAAGUUGGUUAAUGUAGCUGGAAGAAGGAAUCACUCCUGGGAUUCACUCUUCAGCUGAAAGAGAAGAGGCAAAUGUCAGCAUGAUCACAGGUAUAAAGUGAAACACAGGUGCAGAGCUCUGUAUCCCUAAACAUCUUUGGGCAAGAGCCUCAUGUGACCUUUGAGAAGAUAUUUAGGAUCUCUGUGGAGCUUGUCUCAAGAAAUCUUUGGGGUAUGGGCAGGAUUUUAAACUUAAAACAAAAUGCUAGGAUGGAUGGUAACAGCAUGAUUUAGAACAGGUUUUGUUUUUCUUAGGAUUUUUACCAUUAUGUGAACUAUUUUUCUAGGUUGUUGAUCAGACCUGAGAGGUGAAGUAAGUUUUUCCUUACAUCAGAAACAUGGAACCCAUUUGCACAGAAAGGAUCUCUGGCCAUCAGACAGCUGGUCAGGACUACCUAGAGUCUCACAAGUUGUGUCCCCUGCUUUGCCUCAUGUUGGUAUCCUCUGCUUUAGGGACUGUAGUUGUUGCCCAAUGAGUUAGGGGAGAGCAGGAUCUAUCUUCUAUAUUUCUUUGAUAUGCCAGUCCCGUGGUGAGUGAUGCCACUGCAGAUGUUUUGGAGGCAGUGGGGGAGAUCUGUGGGAGUCCUUGAAGCACCCUGUCUGCAGAAGGUCCUGCCCUAGUGUACUGAGGGAGGGUAAGUGUGGAUGCCUGCUGCUUUGGGGACUUUCCCCCCUCGCCUGCUGACCUUGUUGAUCAGAAAAAAGACUUGUCUGCAAAGACUUCUCACUUAAAUAGAGCACACUGAAGGCUUCCUCUGAGAGCAGAAGCCUAUAAGUAAAUGAUAACACUUAUAUGGCUUUUUUUUUUCUUUUUUCUUUUUUCUUUUUUUUUUUUUUUUCUCUCUCCUUGAAAGAAAUGUUUGGUGCUAGAGUUAAGCAUAUGGAGAUAAUGUUUGCCUAGGUGGAAUGGGACAACACAGAUUUCAGCAGCCCUCCCCCACUGCUCAUUGCAGUGGAUUUGUUUGUAAAAGUAAUGUGGUUGUGUCUUUGGCUGUACAGACAUCUUCUGGUCACAAACACCAAGAUGCACAAUAGACUUGUCAAGGUGUUAUAUCACAUAUGUUAGUAAAUAUAUUUAUUUUACCUUUAGCCCUCUACAGAAACACAGAAAUUUCCAACAUCUACCUUACAAAAUCAAGUCCAAAGUCUCAGUAUCACAUUAUGAUGUAUUAUUCCAACACAGUCUACUUGUGCUGGCAGUACCUGGCUGACGCUGUGAGGUAAAGGAGGAGUGUUGUGUGCUCUGUGGUGCUUUGCUGUGUCGCUGCUCUGAGUGGUGUGUUUCUGGUGAAGAGCUCAAUAAAGAUGCUGGCUGGUUCUCAGAAAUUAAAACAACAGAUAAUUCAGCUGUUAAGAUGGCCAAUAUGUGUGCUUUUGUCCCCACCUUGUUUUCUAUUUGGGCAUAUUCUUCUUUUCCUUUUCCCUGUCAUUAUAGAGAUGAUCUAGAAAUCAGAUUUCUUUGUUUCACCUUCAGUAAAGCACUUUAUCAUUACACUGGCUCUUACUGGACAUGGCAUCAACAAAGUAAAUUAUGAGUAAUGGUGGCUAAGGAUCCUUCUUGUUGCAAAGAUUUAUAGGGGCAAUUUAAUACGGGUCUGGAGUCUCACUUGUUCCAGUCCAUGAAAGUGAUGACCAAACAUGGUGUAGAUGAUGAUGAUUGCAUCAGUCUUGUACCUUUACCUCAAGUGUGUUCCCAUAAAUCACAGAAUCUUAGAAAGGUUUGGGUUGGAAGAGGCUCUAAAGACCAUCUAGUUCCAACCUUCCUACCAUGGAUGCCACUCACUAGAUCAGGUUGUUCUUACCAUGUUCUUGCCAUCCCACCCCAACCUUGAAAUGAACCAGUGAUUCUUGUGAGAGGAUGAGAGAUAUAUCAGUACUCUCAUAGGCUUUUCUGAUUGCUAUUUUAGAGAAGGAAGAAACCAAUAUGAAAGAGCUUUUGGCAUUCCAUCUAAAGACCCUUUUGGAGCAAUGUACAGAUCAGAUGAAGAAAUACAAAAAUUCAUGGCUGGCCAGAACUCAGUAUGGAGUAUAUGUGGCAGAGAUGUUCUUGCUGCAUUUGACCUUUCCCCUUUCACACAGAUCUAUGACUUGGGAGGAGGUGGAGGAGCUUUGGCCCAAGAGUGUGUUUCCUUGUAUCCAAAUUCUACCGUCACAAUUUAUGACCUGCCCAAAGUUGUGCAAGUGGCCAAAGAACAGUUUGUUUCCCCCGAGGAGCGUCAGAUCACUUUCCAUGAAGGAGACUUCUUUAAUGAUUCAAUACCUGAAGCUGAACUGUAUAUUUUAUCCAAGAUACUGCAUGAUUGGAAUGAUGACAAAUGCAAACAACUGCUGGCAAAAGUCUACAAAGCUUGCAAACCUGGAGGUGGAGUGCUGCUGGUUGAAUCACUUCUGAAUGAAGAUAAAAGUGGACCUGUAGAAACCCAACUGUAUUCCAUGAAUAUGUUGGUCCAAACAGAAGGGGAAGAGCGAACAGCAGCAGAGUACAGCAAGCUCCUGGAGGCAGCUGGCUUUGGAGCAAUUCAAGUCAAGAGGACUGGAAAACUCUAUGAUACUGUUUUAGGAAGGAAAUAGUAGUACGUGUUUCAUGUAUGUAACAAGACAGAAAAAACUGAGAAAUGUGCUGGUUUUUUAGGGGGCAGUGAUCAACUUAGCUUUUAGUUAAGGCUGCCAACUUUUUUCUAAGCUGAUAUGUUGUCAGAAGACUCACUAGUUACAGAUCUUCAACGUGCAUGUAUUGCAAAUCUGGCAGUCUGGCUUGGUUUGCCUUUGGAUCUGGGAGGGAAAGAAAGAAAUCAAUUCCUGUUCCACAAGAUGCAAUCCACAAAAGUAGUAUAUAAUGUGUCUGCUUCACCUUGUAUCAGUCUCUCUGAUUUUAACACUGUAUCUACAAAAGCAGAGCUGAAUUUGUACUUGAGUUCCUGCAAAGUAAAACUAAUCCCUGUACUGAGCUUUCUUGCCUGCAUUUUUAUU